AUGACCCGCGGCAAGAAGAACAACACCAACAUGGCAAACCCUAAGCCCAAGCCCAAGACCAACAAGGUCAAGGUCAAGGUCAGGGCCGCCCCGAGAAAGAAGCCUUCCAGCACUGCCGCUGCAGCUCCUGGCCCCUCGGCCGGUCCUACCGUUACCCCGGACGAGUCCACCGGGCCUGACCCCACGGUCUACUGUGGCACCUCCGCAUGA